AUGGGAAAUGGGCGAGAUCAGAUGAGGGCGGCUACUGCUACUCCGCAGGCGCCUAGCCUUGAGAGUUUUCCUAAUGAGAUCAAACUCCACAUACUAUCGUUCCUCGAAGCACCGCACAUUACGAACCUGCAACUGGUAUCCCGCGCUUUUCGAGACCUUGGACGAGACAAUAGCUUUUGGCGUUCGCGAUGCCUGCAAGAAUCUUCCUUUCUCGAAAGCCUCGAACGACGACGGGCCUUUGGCCGGCUAGCCACCCAGGGCCUCAGCGGAACAUUUCAGAUCCAGCCCGAUGAGAGUGCAAUGGGGACAAUUUGGCAAGGCGCUUAUCCUUCGCCCGAUAGCAGCAGCACCAACACUCCUGGCAAUGGAAGCUGGGCGACACCGACAACGCCGACAAUUCUCAAGAGCUUUCGCGCAUCCAGCAAGAAGGAGCAGAUGCGGAUCAUGGCCAACUGGGACCCCUGCUUUCCUACCGAGAGGGUUUCCUGGUAUGAGGAGUAUAUCCAGCGUCAUGCACCCGUUGUCAUCAACUGGCUUCCGCUUCCCCAUGUUAAUGGCCCCAAGUCCGAAUACGUUGAGGCAAGAGGUGUUGCUCUGUACCGGCCUGACAAUCCCCGUCCUGAGCAGGGUGUUGAGGCAGCUUCUGAUGAAACACUCCUUGCUGUAUCGCCGCUAGACGAUGGCAGUGUCUGCAUCUGGGACGUGAAUGGAACAAGAGGACGAAAGGGAGCGAUGCUAGCUAAGAGCGCGCCCGGGCUUCUGCUGAUAAACGGCCCAGGUACAGACAACAGCAAGCGGUCGCAACGGGUAGACUCAGGCGUUACCGAAUGUGUCAGUGUUGACAGCAGCCUUCAUCGAGCUUUUUUUGCAGUCCAAAACCACAUUAUUGAAGUUGACUUGCAGAGACUCUCUGUUGUCGAUUGCGAAUCAUUCCCUUGGUCUAUCACAGCCUUAUCUGCGGCCAGCCCUACAGUACCACUCACCGUUGGAACGAAUCUAGAACUUCACCUGCACGACUAUCGUUCCCGACGACGGUUUCGAAGUGCCCCUGAAGACGACCAAGUUGACUUUAACUUUACCGGCGCACAGGCUAUGUACGAACGUGGGAUCAGAAACAUCUUCAGCGACGAGCCGGUUGGCUCCUGGACAUCACUUGCGCAACCGGGACCGUUGAGUAUUCUACAUCUUCAGCGGCCCGGCCAACAAGCGGAGUUGUCAGACGACAUAUACGUUGCUGGUCGAUUUUCGCACAUCCUACAUUAUGACAGACGUAAUUUGUCAAGAAUCAGAGGGUCGAUCAACUCGAAAGCAAGACUAUGCAGCAUGGCAUCACUCCCCUCCCCCUUCUCUAAGCGAGACAGUGAGCUUCGGCGCAAAGGAGAACUCACAUUGCAACAAGUCGAGGGGUCGAAGAGUCUCAAUGGCGGCAGAACUUUGAUCGCCGGUGGAGACUAUAACAUGAAAGGUUCCCUCGAGAUUUAUGGCCUAGCACCACCAGACUCUGGUAAAACUUUGAUGGGGGACUUGGAUGACUUUGCGUACCAGAACCGCCAGUCAGCGUCAGCCUCAAAGGUUCUCUCGGUUGCGAACCAUGGCACCCGGAUUGUUUUCUCGGACGGAUCCGGCUACAUAAAGUGGUUCGAAAGGGACGGCUUCACCGAGGUCCGCCGGUGUAGGAUCGGGCACAGCGAACAGGCUCAAGGGCCAUCUAUUUUUGCCUCAAUGCCAGGCUCCUCGGACAUAGCCAGGAAACUACUCCCGACACGGGCAGGCGAAGCCAAGCAGAAGAUCAACGACAAUGACCUGCUGUUUUGGACGGGUGAGAGGUUAGGGUUGUUAAACUUUAGCGCGCGCCCCGGCUUCACAGCUGAGGAGUUUGAGGAGCAAGUUGAGGCUGUCGACGACGAGACACGGGCAAAAGAGCGGGAGGAGAGAGAUUACACUGAAACAAUGCGUCGCGCAUUGCAGAAUCACACUGACGGCAUCAUGUUUACGAGACACUUUGGCUUCGGCAACGGUUCUUUGAACUGA